GCCGCUGCUGUUAAUCAUUCACCAGCCGGGGAGCAGCAAUUGCCGCCGCUCGGAGCGAGGGCGCCGGCAGCCGCCUCUCUGCCGAUGCCCGCGUCCCGCAGCCGCCGCGCCGGGAUCCCUGGCGGGAUGAUGCCCAGCGCAGCCGGCGGCGGACGCCUGCUGCUCUGAGCGGGGGCGGGGGGAUCCGGGCAGGGGAUGCUCCCCAAUGGCACCUGCCCCAGGCUUCCGGGCGGUGCAGGCAGCGACAGCAGCGGCAGCGGCGGCAGCGACAGUGGUGGCGGAGGAGCGGGUGGCGCCUCGGAGGAGGCGGCGGCGGAGGGCAUGGACUCGGACGGCAGGAAUUCCUCUGGCGCUCCGAACAGCACCCUGAGUGAGUCUCAGGGCAGCGCCAUCCUCAUCUCAUUCAUCUACUCCGUGGUGUGCCUGGUGGGGCUGUGCGGGAACUCCAUGGUCAUCUACGUGAUCCUACGUUAUGCCAAGAUGAAGACAGCCACCAACAUCUACAUCCUCAACUUGGCCAUCGCGGAUGAGCUGCUGAUGCUAAGCGUCCCAUUUCUGGUUACCUCCACCCUGCUGCACCACUGGCCCUUUGGCUCCCUGCUCUGCCGCCUGGUGCUCAGUGUGGAUGCCAUCAACAUGUUCACCAGCAUCUACUGCCUGACCGUGCUCAGCGUGGACCGCUACAUCGCUGUGGUGCACCCCAUCAAGGCGGCCAGGUACCGCCGGCCCACUGUGGCUAAGAUGGUCAAUCUGGGUGUCUGGGUGCUCUCCAUCCUCAUCAUCCUGCCCAUCAUCAUCUUCUCCAACACAGCAGCCAACAGUGAUGGAACAGUGGCUUGUAACAUGCUCAUGCCAGAGCCCACCCAGAGAUGGCUGGUGGUCUUUGUGGUCUACACCUUUCUGAUGGGCUUCUUGCUGCCUGUGGUGGCCAUCUGCCUCUGCUACAUCCUCAUCAUUGCUAAGAUGCGCAUGGUGGCCCUGAAGGCUGGCUGGCAGCAACGCAAACGCUCAGAGCGCAAGAUCACCCUUAUGGUCAUGAUGGUGGUGAUGGUCUUUGUCAUCUGCUGGAUGCCCUUCUACAUUGUGCAGCUGGUCAAUGUCUUUGUAGAGCAGGAUGAUGCCACCAUCAGCCAGCUCUCUGUCAUCUUGGGCUAUGCCAACAGCUGUGCCAACCCUAUCCUCUAUGGUUUUCUCUCAGACAAUUUCAAGCGUUCCUUCCAGCGGCUGCUCUGCCUCAGCUGGAUGGACAAUGCUGCAGAGGAACCCAUCGACUACUAUGCCACUGCCCUCAAGAGCAGGGCAUACAGCGUGGAGGACUUUCCCCCAGACAACCUGGAGUCAGGGAGUGUGUACAGGAAUGGCACUUGCACCUCCAGGAUUACCACCCUCUGAGGAAGCAUUCCUGUCCUCCAGCUCCCUUACUGCCCCCCAACUGGAGGCUGGAAGCUGAUGGUAUCAUUCUCACCUCUAACCCCUCUUGAAUGCAAAUAGAUGCUAUCGGGUGUUAAGCAAGUGUUGCUUAAUGUUUAUGGAAAGCUUUUAUAUUUUUAGUCCUGCUUGGCAAUUGCUUAGGCUCCAGAGCUGAAGAUCAUAUCGUAUUUGGCACCCAAUCUUGUGUUCUGCACAGCCUGAGCUGCACUUUGCUUGGAACUGAGUAGGGGACACAUCCCCAAAGGAGCACCAGAGACCCCAGAGAGGCCCACGCAGGCACACAAACGAGUAUUGCAUAAGAGUGUGCAAGAUAAAUGACUGCGCCUUUGGUGGACGACAGCUCUGAACUUGGUAGGUGAGUUUAUGUAGAUUUCAAUGUAUACAUCCUUUUGCUUUUUACCCCCUAGUGUGCUUAAUUUGUUGAAAACUUCCACCUUAGACUCUGCACAGAAUAAACAAUGUUUCCUCUCUAAAACUGUAUCUUUGCCUGUGUUUAGAGAGUUCCUAAAAUCUGUCAACUCCACUUGCAAAAACGUCUCCCUAUGUCAUCUGGCUCCUGAAGCCUCUGGCUGUAUCAUCUCAUGUCAACACAUAUGAGCUGGAUCAUUGAGAGCUGGCAAAGGUUUGAGAGCUUCCAGUGAGGAUGCUGUCUUCAGAAAAUAUAGCUGUUAAAGUUACAAAUACAUUGGACAUACUGAAACAGGAAUUUUUAAAAUGCAUAUUAUGGAGAUUAGAUGGUUUCUCCUCAAAUCUGCAAGACAGCCUUUCAGAAUAUCCUGUUUUCUGAGGAUACCAAAGAGGCAGGAAGGCAUUCUGAACAGGGAACUGAUGUAGGUCAGAGUUGCUUGGAUUUUCUCUUCUCACUAGAAGUGGUGUUCAGCUUCAAACAGUAAAAAAAGAAUCACAACUAUUAUCUCUAUGUGGGAAUGAAAAUGUGGUUUUGUUACAAUUUAGAAAUAUUUCUAACUACAGAUGUUAAAAUUGAAGUCCAGAUUGGAACUUGGUUUCUCCAAGUUUGUAGAGGUUUUUGUGACAAAUGCAUUUGUCCUGCAGAGAAUGCCGUAACAAUAAAAGAAAGGUGUCAAGUUCUAACAUCUCUUUUAUCUGGUGUGUCUCAGAUUAUCAUUAACAGCUGAGAAAUAGUGUCUCUGUCUGUCAGCACAUUCUGAUUUUCUGUUUUCAGAGAAAAAGGUAGCAAAAUGUCUGUCUCCCGGAGGAUGAAACUGAAUCAGAGACCUCAUUUUUAAAAGACUACACCAUUUUUCUGUGGCAAAAUCAGUAAAGAAAUCCACUUUCCCUCAUACAAGCUGAGUACUAUAGCCAUUGGUCAUUGUUAUUUCUGGAUGAAUUCACUGGAAGAAUCAUCUAAAUAGUUCAGUUACAUUUCCUGCACAUUUUGCACACCUUAAUGAAGGCUAGAGGUUACUACAGCAGCUUCUUUCCACUUUAAUUUACAAAAAAAUAGAAAUCGAACUUGGUUUUAAUAAUAAUAAUAUUUUAAUAUUAAUUUUAAUAAUUAAAGUAGACAAAUAAAUCAAGAAAGGUGAAAUGCAGCCUUAGUAGAUAAGACAUUUUUUGAUCUCAAGAUGUGCAUAUCCCUUCAUUCUCUGUCAUUCCAAGUUAGUAAGCCAGAAUGCAGAUAGCUCAAUUUAGUUAAGAAGGCUGUAGUUAUAAAGGAGAAUCAAAUAAACGCACCA